AUGAGAUUACCGAAGGUAGUGGGAAACUACGAGAUUCAAGACUUGCUUGGACAAGGGAAUUACGGAGAAGUUAGACGUGCCAGACACCUGCGCACGGAGAAGUGCUACGCUGUCAAAAUUGUUCGUCGCGAGUUCAUCGCCUCACGACACUUCGGCAUGGACAUUCGCAGAGAAAUGUCUAUUCUGAUGGCAAUGGACCAUCCAAAUAUCAUCAGGUUUCACGAUGUUUGCGUCGGAGAAGAGCAUAUCUUCAUCAUAAUGGAUCUUGCUGCUAAUGGUGACUUAUUUAGCUUCGUCGCUAACUGCGGACCCCUCCCGGAGUGGAGGGCACGAUCCUAUUUCAGUCAGCUUGCAGAUGCGGUUACGUACUGCCAUUCCCGAGGAGUCUACCACCGCGACUUAAAGCCAGAAAACAUUUUGCUUACUGACGAAUACCGAACACUGGAAGUUGCGGACUUCGGAUUUGCUGCCGUCAUUGACAAGCAUUAUGAUGUUCAUCCUCUACUGCGAACCAACUGCGGAAGUCCUCACUACUGUGCACCUGAAGUUUGGAAUAAUGAGAGGAAGGGGGGAUACGACGGCAGUAAGGCGGACGCUUUCUCGUGUGGGGUGAUUCUCUAUUGCAUGUUGGUUGGGGCCCAGCCAUUUCAUGAUUCUUCUGUGGAUCUCAUCUUAGCGAAAGUCAACAGAUGUGAAUUCGAUGUACCUGCCACAGUUUCUGCUGCGGCAUGUGACCUUGUUGAGGGCCUCUUGAGAAGGGACCCUAACUGUCGAAUUAAUCUCACGCAGGCUAUGCUACAUCCCUGGACGAGCGGCAAGGCUCUCGCUAAACCAGAACUUCUCAAGACACUACAUGAGGCAAGAGCACACACUGCAUGA